AUGGAAAAGCACGGCAUAUUUGGUGUACCUCUGCAAACACUGUUGGAACAUGACCAGAAACUGGCACCCGAUACUAGGGUGCCUAUUGUGUAUCAAGAAAUCCUGCAUUAUUUAUCCAAGAACUGUCUGGACACAGAGGGAAUACUGAGAAUACCGGGCUCCUCCACGAGAAUAAAAACCUUGAGACAGGAAAUGGAGGAGAAGUUUUACCAGGGAACGUUUUCGUUUGUCUGGGGGCCUGACCUGACCCCUAAUGAUGUGGCAGCCCUUAUGAAACAGUUCCUUAGGGAUCUGCCUGUACCGCUAUUAACAGACGAGUAUAUCGACGCAUUUGCUCAAGUUGAAGAACUUCCUGACAAGAAGCAGCAGCUGCAUGCGUUGAAUCUGCUCGUGUUACUACUGCCCAGCGUUCAUCGGGACACUUUAGGAGCACUUCUGGACUUGUUGCUAGAGAUCAUCAGCCACAGCAACACCAACAAGAUGAGCCUCAACAACGUGGCCAUGAUCAUGGCCCCUAAUCUCUUUCUGGCCCCUAAAAUAGGGAACGCAAACAUCGGCAAGAACAAGGACGCGUUGGACCUCGAAAUCAAGAUGGCACGGGGGACUUCUAAUAUUGUACAGAUGAUAACUCGAUACAAGCAUAUCUUAUGGACUAUUCCCACUUAUCUGUUAGGUCUUGUCCGUAGACAAUACGAGCAGGCAAGUAAGAAAAAUAGAGAGAAGUCGAAAAUGAAGUUCCUUGCAAAGAAGGACAAAACUGAUGUGUAUAAAAAGCCAGCAUUAAAACAUGAGGCUGAUUUCCAAGAAGGGGUGAUCCGUGUUCAGGCCCCUUCCUUGACUAAGUCCAGUACAGCCAUACAGCUUGACCAGUCCAUAACUGCGGGAGACAUCAUUUCAAGAUUCACCGUCAGUCCACUGAAGACAGACAGCAAGAAAUCCUCCAGUAAGGAUAAGAAGUUUAUUGCAGCUGAUGUUGACACAUAUCUCUAUGAGGUUGGGGUAAACAUCGGUGAGCGCUGUCUGCCUGACAACACAAACAUGUUGGCUCUAUACAAGAUCAACCCCAACGCUGAGUGGGUCUUGAAACACAGACAACGCCUGAAAGCUGUUUGAUCACGUCUGAACAUUGUUAGACAGAGACUGAAAGUAGUCUGACUGCAUCUGAAAGUCAUUUAGCAGUGCUUUGGAAAAACAGGGCUUAAUGCAUGUGCGUAAGUGUUGCUCCAGGUAAGCCUGUGCAGUCGGCACAGGCUAAUCAGUGACAACUCUCAAUAUGUUUUUCUCAAUAUAUUUUUCAACUCCCAUCCAUAUAACCUUAUAACCUGUUCAACGUUUGUAAAUAUAUUAAUGAAAACAAUUGUUUUCUCAAUUUUGAAGCAUUUUUUAGCAAAACAACAACAAUACUAAUUUCCCAAUGUUAGUCAAAACGCAGCACAUUUUCCCAAUCCAAAGGUUCCCGGCCCCAUUCCCAAAAUGGUGAAAAUAAACACUGCAACACUUAAGGCACAACAAUUAAGCCUAGUUAUCCCAAGUUCAGGCUCUUUUGAAAGCGUCUAAAAACUGUUUGACAGAGACUGGAAUUUUGCUGGCAGAGACAAGGUUGUCAGGAAUUGCUUACUGUGAAAUAAUUUAUAUUUUUGGUCAUGGCAUUUUAAGAUUUUUCAAAAAAUGACUUCUUGUGGACACGUUAAUUGCAGGAUUUCUGAUUUUUUUUUAAUUCGUGGAUCGGUCAACCUGUGAAAUGAAGAAAAAGCAUUGUCCCUUAAAUUAUAAUGAUCUAAAAGUAUAUACAUUUUAAAUUUUGGUAAGCUUGUUCCAGAGCUUUUAAGCAGAAGGGAAUACUAUUAAUGAUUUUACAGUUCAAAUGUGAGCACAUUUUAUCAAUAUUACUGAUUGAACAGGGCCUUUGUUAGGCAAUAAAGUAUUUAUUAAUUACAUAUUAAGUGCAAACAAUAUUAGUUUACUGGGAAAAAGUAAUUCAUGUAGUAAAAUUAGAGGAUUGUGCCAACUUUGCUUGUGAUGAUAAAAUAGACCUAUACAAAACCAUUCAGUAUUUGUUUUUUUCAAUACAUGAAUCAGCACACCACAAUUGUAUAUUACAUGACAUUUGUAUUAAAAUUGAGACUCCAUGCUUUUGCUUAUAAUAAUGUGUUAAGUAAAUGUAUGGAAUGAAAACGCACGUGAAUAUUUAUUUCUUGGAAAUUUAGUUUAGAUAAAUGAUACAAAUGGUUUUUGAUGGAGGGCUUUGUAUUUUUUCAAGUAAUUAACAUAACCAUAUUACUGUUUAAUAUUGAUCUUAUUCUAGCAGUGUACAUUUGUUUGGUGUUAAUUUGUACUUUAGUACCAGGUGCAUAUGUUAUAUUGGUCAUUGCAUGACCAUUGACUCUUUAGUACCAGGUGCAUAUGUUAUAUUGGUCAUUGCACGACCAUUGAAUGAUAUUUGAUAUCAGUCAUAACACAUGCAAACCGUAACUUUUAUUAAGGGCGUACAUGUGUAAGUGUAUUUAAUUUUUUCUCAAGCGGUUGACAUCUUUGACAAAUGUCUGUGUGCAUAAAUCAGACAGCUUGUACUUCUGCGGUUGUGCCUUUUUUGUUGAUCAGUGUUUUUUUAUAGGACGAAAAACACGUAUAGAUUUUCUGAACCCUAUUGAAAAAUGUUCGUAUAUUCAUCGUCAUGAAAUUGUGUGGAUUUUAAAACAAAAUUAUGGACACAAAUUUAUUUAUUUCUGAUUUUGGAAAAUUAAGGAGAUGUCAUCAUCGGCCAUUUUCGGAUGUGUUCGGAUCUGUUUGUGUUAAAUUCAUGGAUCAGUCAACCCUCACAAUCAACACAAAUUAUUGUCCUAUGAAGAAUAUGAUUUUACAGUAAUAUAUCUCAACACAUUUUCCUUCAUUUUGCUGAAGAAUAAGGAUAAAAGCUUUAUAUAAAACACCAAAUUGCACAAAGUCAGUUGAACCCUUGCCAAUGUCUGUUUUUGUGUUGUUAUUGUUGUUAGAUAUUUCAAACAAGUCUCAUUAGAAGCUGUGCGCUCACUUUUUCUACAAGUUUUAGCCUCGUUUUAAAGAACAUCUCAAUAUAAUGACUGGUCAAAUCACAGAUAUUUUGAAUGUAUGUCCCUCUUAAAUGCCAUAGUCACCUUUACAAUCAAAUGUUUAACUGGAAAAAUUGAUAUUGUUAUUUGUUCAUAGAAGAAAUAUGUUUUACUUAAUGUUGGUAAUUUGUCAUUUUGGAUUUUCUAUUUAAUUGCUUUUUUUUAAAUAACGUUUGUAUGAAAAAAGGAUUCUAACACGAGAUUCAAAUAAAUAUCAUGUGCAA